AUGAUAGAUUUUCUUCAAUCAGUAGACUACCAAAUAUGGCUUGUCAUAUUGAAUGGACCAUUUGUUCCCAUGAAGGAAGUUGAUAAGAAAAUGAUUCCUAAAGAAGAAAGUGAACGGGAUACAAAUGAUUACAAGCUUAUCUCCUUAAAUGCGAAAGCCAAAGUUAAUCUCAAUUGUGCUAUAAGCCCUAGUGAAUACAAUAGAGUUUCAACAUGCACCACAGCAAAGGAAAUCUGGGAAAAACUUCAAAUAACAUAUAAAGGAACAUCACAAGUUCGUGAAUCUAGAAUUGAUAUACUUAUGCAUCAAUAUGAAUUGUUUAACAUGAAUGAAAAUGAAUCUAUUAGCGAAAUGUUUGUUAGAUUCACUGACAUUAUAAAUGGCUUAAAGCAUCUUGGUAGAACUAUCACUAAUUCUGAUCUUGUAAGGAAAAUUCUGAGAAGUCUACCUGAAAAAUGGGAUACAAAGGCUACAGCCAUCAAGGAAGCUAACAAUCUCAACACCCUUGAACUUGAUGAACUUCUCGGCUCCCUUCUCACAUGGGAGAUUACCUUGAAAGAUAGAGAAGGAGGUCAACAACGAAAGAAAGAGAUAGCUCUCAAUUCCUCUCUAAAGGAAAAGGCAAUCAUUGGCAAUGAAUGUGAAAAUGAUGAUGACUUAGCUCUCAUUACUCAAUCUUUCAAACGAUUUCUUCAAAGGAAGAAAUUCAACAAGGGAAAAUUCAAAAAGAGUGAAUCAUCCAAUGAACAAGGCAAACGGUAUACACCUACCUGUUUUCAUUAUGGAAAACCAGGGCAUUUUAAAGCUGAUUGCCUUAUCUAUAAAGAGGAGAAGAAAAAGAGAAGGGCAAUGCAAGCCACAUGGGAAGAAGAUGACUCAAACGGCUCCGGAAGCGAUGAAGAAAUGGCUAAUCUCUGCCUCAUGGCAAAUAGGAAUGAGGAAAACUCUAAUUUUGAUUCUUCAUCUGAUGUGGAUAUUUCUUAUGAUGAACUAGUUGAUGCUUACAAUGAACUACUUGAUAUUUUUAAAGAAUUGCAUGAUGAACUUGGUAAGAUGGUAAAAAAAUGUGCUUCUCUUAGAAGAGAAAAGUUCAACCUUGAGAAGAAACUUGAAACUCUUCAAAAUGAAAAUGAUGUUUGA